AUGGAGAACUCAAAACUUUCAUUAUUUAAAAACACUCUUGAAUCUAGAUUAAACAAUUUCCUAUCACUUGAAGCUGGAAAUAGUCAGCCGCUAAUCUUACUGACUUAAUUAGUAGGAGACUUAAAAACACUUUUUAAAUCAGAAUAAACUACAUUAGACCUUUUAGAUGAGGUUGAGAUGUUCAAAUUGCCGUAAUAGCAGCAAAACCAACAUUUGUAACAACACCAGUUUAAUAUACAAUAAUUUGAUCCAAUGCUUGACAUCAGCUCCAUUAGUAAAGCCACGGACUUCUAAAUGUAGCCAAGACCUCAAAUGAGAAACCGAGAUCUCGAAACAUUAGAAGAUUCUAUAGUCAAUAGGGUAAAGCUUCUCUUAGACACUCAGACACUUGAUAUUAAGUUUGACAUUCACAAUCACUAAAUUAGGACUGAUAUGGUUCACAAUAAUAUCAAAACAAUAAAGGAUGACAUUAUCAAGCAGAUUUAAAUGCAAGAGAUUAUCAAAGAACAAACUGAAUUAAUGAAUCAAUCGAUGUUCUUGAAUCAAUCUCAGAUUAUUGAUCAUGAACCGGUAAUUAACAAUGUAGCACCAGAUAAAGAUUACUCUAAAAACUUUGAGGCACUUCAGAAUCAGUUGAAUAAUCUAUCAUUUGAGAAUAGUAAGGUACUCUAAUACUAAAACCAAAGUUAAGGUUUAAUUCUUGAGAGUAUCAAAUCUGUUGAUUAACAGAUUAGAGAUUUAGAAGAAAAGGUAAAAAGUUAACUCUACUAGCAAACAUAAAUGGGGCAACAAAUUUCACAGAGUAUGGGCAAUAACAAGAUUGAUUAUACCUCUCAACCCCAAUCUUAAAAUGUUUAAUAAAUUCAAAGCAUGAUUAAUGAUUAGUUUUCAAGUCUUGGUUAAUGGAAUGAAAUCUAAGAGAAGCUAUUAAUCAAACAUUCAAGGAAUGAAAUUGAGCAGAUUACCUCAUAAAUAGCUAAGGAUAUUGAAUUUCUAAGUCAAAAUAUUAGACAAUAAAUCACAGUUACUCUUGAUAAAUUGAAAGAGAUCAGAUAAAGUUAGGUCUAUUAGGAUUAGAUUUAAAAAGAUGUUUAUGAAUAACUUAAGAUGACAUAAGUCUAAUACAGUCAGCAAAUUAUAUCUGAGAUAGGUGAUGUUUAGAAUAAAAGUGUGCAAAUUUCAAAUAAACUAGACGUUUAAGCCAAUAUGAUUUCAGAUAAUGGUUAGUUAUUUUUAAACUUAGAAUCUUAAAAUUAGAAAGACUUUAGCUAGCUUAAGGGAAUAGUUGGUGAUUUCCUCAAGCAAAAUGAGGUGUAAAAUUCAUCUAACUAUGGUAAGUUAAGCGACUCAAUUGUACCUCUUAGAGCACUUGAAAAUAAAAUUGUUCUAUUACUAGACAUUGCCAUGUAAACUCAUGAAUAAGUCAAUAAAAACGCAAAUAUUCCUAAAGCCAAUGAAUAUUACUAAAACUAAUUUGAAUAAAUAACAUCAAAAGGUCUCUCUAGAUCUUAGUCUAAUAUUGAUGAAGAAUAAAAGAGAGAAAACCCUCAGAGUCUUGUUAAAGAAGUAAGUGGAGGGGAUUCAAUUCAAAGUUCUAAUGACUUUUUUGGAAAUCUGGAAUGUGAUAUGCUUAUGGUACACUAGGACAAAGGAGAGGCAUAUAGAAACAUAGCGAGAUUCCCCAUAUCCAAUACCCUUGUCCUUUCAGGCUAGGAUCUUAACUUUGUCUUGAUUAACGGGGAGACUUUAACAUUCAAAUAGUACUUUUCUAUUCCUAGCCAGUGUAUUUGCAAUGUCGUGAUUCAGAAUCUACUUUAUUGUGGAUUUAACAAGGAGAUUUAAGUUUACAAUGAAUCCCCAUCACUUGGUCUUACACUAGUUUCUUAAAUUAGAACUUCAACUAUCGUGAGGAAAUUAAUUUCCUACAAAAACAAGUAUGUGAUAGCAGGAAGUAACAACGGCAUCAUAGACUUCAUUGAUUAAAAAACUAACAAGCAUUUGAGCUAAACUUAAAUCAGCUAAAAGAAAAAGAUUAUUGAUAUGUGUGUCCUCACUUACUCUACAAAAAAUGAAUUAGCCAUUGCUACACAGGGAGGAUUGUUUAUUAACUCAGUUAAUUUCACAAGAGAUGAUAUCCCUAUUAUUCUAGAAUCUAAGGAUCAUAUUUACUUUCCAGAUUAGGUUAUAUUAUGUGCCUUAGAGAUUUAGCCUGAAAUAUUAUUAGUCUGCAUAGAUCAAAAUUAAUUCAUACAAGUAUUGGAUAUCAUGAAGAAGGCAGUGAUAAAACUAAUAUCCAACCCUAAUCACGAUUUCUUUUAUAAUUCUCUCUUACUUAUUGAAGAUUACAACCUUAUUAAAAAUCACUAUGCUAUUCUCAAGGAUAAGAAGGGGCUAUGUAUCAUAGAUACUAUGAGUUUUUAGGCUAAGAAAAUGAUGGACAGCAAAUUUGAUGAGUAUUCAUGGAAAUACAGUAUGCUAGUUUACAAAGCAGAUCAGCAAUCAUCUUAGAAUGUAAUUUUGAAUAUAGGCUACGAUAAUAACAAUAAUACUAGAUAGCUGACACAAAUUAUAUUUUGA